CCCGAACCUGCCCGAGCAGCCGAGCGGCGGUCUGAUGUGUAAACAAGGUCAGAGACACUGCAGCAGUCAGACGAACACUUUCAGCUCCGGACAGCGGAUCGAUUCAAACACACGAGAGGAAGAAGACGACUACCUGAACACACGCGCACACACGCACACACACCUGAGCGGGAAGGUAAGCUGUGGCACGCGCGCACACUCUGAAACGUGCUGUUAUUUCCGCAGGUAUGACUGCAGGGACGAGUUUGACGUCAGGACCUGGUUAAAGGUGUCAGAUCUGCGUGUUUGCUGUAAAUGCAGCUCUAAAUGAGUGAGUUUGGAGUGAGUCAUCGUGCAUCUAUUAUUCAGCUCUGCCGCAAAGUCACACGGCAGGUGAGGGUUUCUACAUGCGCAGUCAUCAGCUGGCCUCUCCUCCAUCUGAGUCUGCAGAAGCUGCUGGGUCAUGAUUUCUCUGCACAGCUAGAAAAGUCUCUGAUGGAGCAUUUCCUCCUCUGCAGUCCAGAUCAAACUGAAACACCACUGUCUGCAGCUCAGCGUGAAUCAGCAUUAUUACUGUGUAGAUAUAAAGCACAUAGAGAGGAGGACUUCAUAUUUCCUCUUUAGUCAGGUCAAACUGAACUUAAAAACAUCGAAACAUCUGUUGAUUUGGGUUUUUACUUCAUUUAUGCAGCUUUGACUUCACUGUGAAAACUGCUUAUGUAAGGUUAACAGUCCGGAGUAGGGCUGGGCGAUACGGGAGAAAGUUUAUCAGGAUAUUUGUCAUAUCAGCUGAUAUCAAUCAAUAUCAGCUGAUAUCGAUCAAUAUCAGCUGAUAUAAAAAUCUAACAGUGUUUAUUGGUCUCAUGUCUUUUCCAACACAAUAACCUCCUGCAUCUGUGAGGUCUUUGUGUCUCUUUGGCGUUUUGUCGUAAGGCGUUGCUCUAGAGAAAGACGACUGAAUGGUCGUCUGUUUCGGCUCCUCGCUCCUCUCGGGGUUCGUAACCUUUUGCGUUGCGCGUGCUCUGCGGCGUGGCGCUGCUUCAGGUGGUGAAAAAGAUUUGAGGUAUUCCCCGACUUUGUGAGAACAUGUACUCGACAUAAUUUACAGUCCACAUUACUCUGCUUCAUGUCCGACCUCCAAAAACCAAAAUACCUCCACACCACCGACGUUUUCCUAACGCCAGUGUUGUUGUUGACAUUGAUGUGGUCAUCUGUUGAGCCUUCAUGGUCAUUUCUGUCGGGGGUAGCACUCAUUUUCUUUGUUUCUCACCAACAGUGCUGUCGGCUUCACCUGUUAAAGUGCUAUGGUUGGGUGGAGCUGCUGUCUGCUACGACGCUGCAGUUGGUUGAUACUUGGUUCUAAUUCAGAACAUGAUUGGUUCAGACCCGGAGAAACUCCCCUUUUCAUUGGCUGUUCGUAUAGUCGACCAAAACAUGUCAGAAUGACGACUAUUGAAAAGCAUAUUGAUCAUGUUUUAUGUUGAUAUUGAGGAAAAUUAAUUUUGGAUAUAUCUCGUUAUAGUUUUAUCGCCCAGCCCUAGUCUGGAGCGUUCAUCAUGGAGGACAGUGAUGCAGAUCAUUUGUUAUCAGUGUAGUUAUCUUAUAUAAUCUAAUAAUAAUUUUAUAGUGUGCUCAGUAUGAUAAACAGCAGGAUGACCUCUUUAGUCGGCCUUCCUCGUCUGUUUCACAGAGUUUGGUGUGUGUCCGUGUGUCCGUGUUUGUUCUGGGGAGUAAAGAGUUAAACUGUGUGUGUGUGUGUGUAUGUGUGUGUGUGUGUGUCUACGUUAUUCAAACAGUUAUUAAGAAACCAGAGCUCCCAUCAUGACACUGGAGCUGUGGAGUAAAAGAGGGGAGGAUUACAGAGAGAUAAAGAGAGAGAGAGAGAGAGAGUGUGUGUGUGUGUGUGUGUGUGUGUGUGUGUGUGUGUGUGUGUGUGUGUGUGUGUGUGUGUGCAGCCUCAGUCACGUUUCAGAUUAUCUCCUGCUCCAGUUUGGCUCCAGCAGCCGGUCCCUGACAGAAAUCUUUAUUAACUUUAUCAGUUCCCGACUCCUGACCUGCUCAACAGUCUCCGACACGUCCACAGAGCUGUUGUGAAAACACCCAUGUUGUUUUUCUCUCCGUCUAAAAUCUGUGUCACGAGUUCAAUGAUUGACACGACGCUCUCAUGUUUAGGUGGUAAACAUUAGCAGAUCUCCGGUGUUCACAGACGGGUCGUUUCAAGGACUAAAAACAGGGUCAACAAGAACUAAGAGGCAUUAAUUCACAGACUGAGGUUUGGAGAUUUAUUGAAACUUGGAGAGAGAGCGCUGUAUGAAUUUACAUAUUUAUGAUGAUGCAGCUGCCAUCACUUCACUGAAAUCAGAACAUUUUCAAAGCUUCAAGUUUUAGAUUUUAGUCCUCGUUAUUGUCGAUUUCUUGACUCAAAAGUGGUCACAUCUGAAAGUUAAUGAGUUCUAAAUCUCAAACCUGUGAGAUAAAUACCCAGAAUUCUCUGAUAAAAAGGUCAAAUCAUGACUAAAGCUCCUCACACACCGGGAACAACGCCGAUAUAGGACGCCAAAUUACAAAAUAUUCAGAGGUGAAUUUUGACGCGCCUGACUAGACACAUCAAGCCUGAUGAGAUUUUGCGACUUCCUGGGGGGAAAAGACGCGAAAGUCCCGCCUCCUUCGCCUCUGAUUGGCUAGAAAAGCUGGAAACAUCAUCACACGCUCAAGCCAAACGGUCAGCACUUACAGCCAAUCAGAGGUGAUAAGAUAAACACAUGUAACCAUGGUAACAACCGUUAGCUUACGUUAGCACAGAUGAAAGUUCAAACAAAGACAUUUAUCAAACUGUUAAAGCUCACAAAUCAUCGUCAUCGGAGAAAUCCGACACUAUGACUCUCCACACGUCGUCCUUCAGGUCGUUCUCUUUGUAAUGUUUGUGUCUUUUAUCAAAAAUCACUCUGUUCUCCGACACGGAAACAAUCAGCCGGUCGGCCAUGUUGGAUAUACCGCUGAAUCUGAUUGGUCAGAAGUGGACACACAGUCUGAGAAACUUUAGAAAAAUCGACCGUGAUCCGAAAAAAUAAAUACCGCAAUAUCGCAGGAUGGGAAAACGUCGCUGAUGUGAACGCUUGUGUUGACAGGAUACGGGUUAAAAAAAAUAUUGACGUCCGAAAUAAUCGCACGACAAAAACGGUCCCGGUGUGAAAGGAGCUUUAGAGUUUUUAUAAAUGUGACGGUAAAAAGGAUUGAUGCACUUUAGGAGAGAGUUUUAGCAGGUAAAUAAACUAAAUAAACCUGUUUGUGUGUGUGUCUGUUUGUGUUUGUUUGUGUGUCUGUGUGUUUGUUUAUCUGCCGUAGGACUCCGUCAGACUCCAGCCAAGAUGAUGCAGUGUUUUCACUUCAUGGUGGAGCCGGCCAAAGCUCUGACGGCCAAAAUCAAGGUGAGAGGAUCUGGUCAGUCUGGGUUUGUGAAGCUGACAUGACGAUUCGACUGUAAACGGGCAGAGCUGUCGUUUGUGGAGAGUUUGGGAGGAUGAAGUGAAGCAGGGAGUCUCAGGGGGGGGCAGAGGGAGUGUUUGAGUUUUUCUGCUGACAGGACCAGAGCCUCCAUCUGCAUGUUGAUCAGGCUGAGUGUCCGGCUCUGACCUCCUUCUGGUUUUAAACUUCUUGCAGGAAACAAAUAAAAGAGCCAAACGGGACAAGAGGGAGCCGCUGGACGAGGAUCAGCUGUUCAUCGUGGAUCUGGCCCGAGAUCUGAACCGAGUGUGUCAGGUCAGAGUCCGACCUUAGAGACCGCUGAUACCUUUAGAUCUUUGAUCAGAAUCUCAACAGAACCAUGAAAGGAUCUGAGCUGACGGUGUCUGUGUCUGUGUCUGUGUCUGUGUCUGUGUCUGUCCCUGCAGAGAUCCUCAGUCCUGGAGCACAUCUGGAACCUGGAUGACACCUGGUCCUCCUCUCUCUGCAGGCUCUUCAUCCUGCAGUGGGCCGCCAUGUUAGAGAGCAAGGUACUCCUCUGAACUUCUGCAUGUACAGUCAAGCCCAGAACGAUUCACACCCUUCUCAAUAAUCAAUAGAAACGCCUUUAUUGGCUCUUACAGCGAUCAGGCUCCUCCUAUAUCUGCUGAGCAGCUUUUGUCUCCUCUGGUGUUUUCACCCGUUCAUCUUCAGCGAUGAGAUCCAUGAGGGCAGAUCUCUGCUCACCAAAGAAGUGUGUGUUUCUGUGUUUCUGUGUGUGUGUGUGUGUGUGUGUGUUUCUGUGUGUGUGCAGAAGAGGCCCAUGCAGACAGACGGCUGGCCGGAGAUCGAUGAGGUCAAACACCCCGACGCCAUCAGCGAGCAGGACCUUCAGCAGGCCAAGACUGUGAUCCUGACCUGGCUGAAGGACCUGAGAGCUCAGCCUGAGGUGAGAGUGAAGAACAGAGACGCUCUUCUUCUUCUUCUUCUCCUCGGCUGGUUUUGUUGUCAGUAUUCAUGGAGGAUAACCCUGACGUUUGUUCUGAUGACCCUGCAGCAGAGCGUGUGGCCCGGUGAACCAGUGGCAAAGGUUCUGGAGGACCUGCAGUCCGCCUGGCGUUGGGGCCGAGCUCCAAACCUGCUGACCGCCUUGGAGCUGGUGAUGUGGACCUUAAUGCUGCAGCGGCCCGAUAAGGUGUGUGUGAGACUCUGUGUGUGUGUCUGCAGCUCAGAAAGAACUGAACUCUAUAUUACUCUCUUUAAUCAUGACUUUUGAGGCUUUUGUUGCUUUAAUCUCUCUUCACUGCUGCUCUUCAUUUUGCUUUUUCACUCUUGAUUUUAAAAUGACUUUUCUCUCGUCUGAUUUGUCCCUGCAGGACACCAUACCGCAGCAGUGGCUCAUGUGGAAGCAGCGCACUCAGAAGAUCGGUUUGUAAUCCAAAGUGAAGCAGGAUAAAGUCGGAUUAAAAUCAAAAAGGUUUCACUUACUGAUCAGUUUCUCUUUUUAUCUUCUUACAGGAGCCAUUUCCUACAUCCCUCAGCCAGGUGAGUCUCUGCACGUCAGCAUGAACACCUGAGAACCAGGAGAGGAACUGUGAGAUGGUUUAAAGGCAGUGCACACAUAGGUAUAGAUGUAUGCACAUAAAUAAAGAUGUACACACACAGAUAUAGAUGUAUACACACACAGAUAUAGAUGUAUGCACACAGAUAUAGAUGUAUACACACACAGAUAUAGAUGUAUACACACAUAGAUAUAGAUGUAUGCACACACAGAUAUAGAUGUAUACACACAUAAAUAUAGAUGUAUACACACAUAGAUAUAGAUGUAUACACACACACAGAUAUAGAUGUAUACACACAUAAAUAUAGAUGUAUACACACAUAGAUAUAGAUGUAUGCACACACAGAUAUAGAUGUAUACACACAUAAAUAUAGAUGUAUACACACAUAAAUAUAGAUGUAUACACACAGAUAUAGAUGUAUACACACAGAUAUAGAUGUACACACACAGAUAUAGAUGUAUACACACAGAUAUAGAUGUAUACACACAGAUAUAGAUGUAUACACACACAGAUAUAGAUGUAUACACACACAGAUAUAGAUGUAUACACACACAGAUAUAGAUGUAUACACACACAGAUAUAGAUGUAUACACACAGAUUCAGGGUGGUUGUUUUCCCUCUGUUGUUGUAUUUCCCUCCUCUUCUUCUUCUUCUUCUCAUCGUUUCGUUUCUCACUCUUCAUGUCGGACUCACUCCUCCUUCUCGUCUCUGUUUUCAGUUUGGGAGUGGAUCUCAGACGCUUCAGGUAAAACUGGUGAAAUCAGACUUUAACCCCCUUAAAUCUGGACCUCUGUGUUCGUAUAAACCACCUGGAUGUUUCUCUGCAGUGGAGGUGACUCUGGACCUGGACACGGCGAACCCUGACCUGCUCAUCACCGAUGAGAAGAGGAUGCGCUGCGGCUUUGAGAGGAAGGAUGUCCCAAACUACCACCAGAGGUUCGACGGAUGGUGGUGCGCCGUAGGAGUGGAAGGCUUCAGCACGGGCCGCCAUUACUGGGAAGUGGAGGUGGGCGAGCGGGACUGGCGGCUGGGCGUGGCCAAAGAGGCGGCCCUGAGGAAAGGGUUUAAGUCCCUGAACACAAACACGGGUUACCUGAGCCUGCGGCUGGAAAGAGGCACAGAGCUGAAGGCGCUGACGGUGCCCUUCACCGCCCUGCCGCCCGGCCUCAUCCCUCGCAAGGUGGGCAUCUACCUCGACUACAACGGCGGUCAGCUGUCCUUCUACGACGCGGAAAAACACCUGCACAUCUACACCUACAACGAGAGCUUCGACGAGAAGCUGUUCCCGCUGUUUGGGACCGUGGAGAUCCUCAAGGACCUGGUGAUCAAGUCUCCAGCUGCUAAGAGUCCCUGUAUCUGCCCGACGUCCUGCCUGUGGGCCUGAACCUCCUCCUGAGACCUGAACCUCCUCUGACACCUGAACCUCCUCCUGAGACCUGAACCUCCUCCUGAACCUCCUCUGACUCCUGAACCUCCUCCUGACUCCUGAACCUCCUCCUCCUGAGACCUGAACCUCCUCUGACACCUGAACCUCCUCCUGACACCUGAACCUCCUCCUGACACCUGAACCUCCUCUUGACUCCUGAACCUCCUGACACCUGAACCUCCUCCUGAAUCUCCUCCUGAGACCUGAACCUCCUCCUGACACCUGAAGCUCCUCCUGACUCCUGAAGCUCCUCUUGACUCCUGAACCUCCUGACACCUGAACCUCCUCCUGAAGCUCCUCUUGACUCCUGAACCUCCUCCUGAGACCUGAAGCUCCUCCUGACUCCUGAAGCUCCUCCUGACACCUGAACCUCCUCCUGAACCUCCUCCUCCUGAGACCUGAACCCCCUCUGACACCUGAACCUCCUCUGACACCUGAACCUCCUCCUGAGACCUGAACCUCCUCUUGACUCCUGAACCUCCUGACACCUGAACCUCCUCCUGAGACCUGAACCUCCUCUUGACUCCUGAACCUCCUGACACCUGAACCUCCUCCUCCUGAGACCUGAACCUCCUCUGACUCCUGAACCUCCUCCUGAGACCUGAACCUCCUCCUGACUCCUGAACCUCCUCCUCCUGACUCCUGAACCUCAUCUGACAGCUCUAAAAACACCUAGAUAUCCAGAUCCAGUCUAAAGAAUCAGGUUAAUGCUGAUAGUAAUCACUGAGAUCAGGAUCAUCCUGAUGUAAAGAUCCUGUCUCUGAAACAGCUCCUCUGUGUGACCACUCGCUCGCCCUCGCCCUCUCUCUCUCUCUGCUGCUUUAACGUGAUCGUUGCACUUUAACUCUCUCUGUAGAGCUCAGUUAUUCUCUCUGCUCACUCUCAUGAUGUGUUUUCAUAUAUUUAAGGGGACACCUAUAGUAUUAAUGUCCUGUAAUGUGCAAUAUUAACCCUGUAAGAAUGCAUUCAGGUGAAUGAUCAAUAAACCAGAACAUGACAGUUCCUCAGACUGAGGGUCCUCUCUCCCUUUUUCUGGUCUUCUGAUGAUAAAACAUCUCAAACACACGAUCACCAAGAACAGGAACUCUGCAGCUGCUGUUCCGAUGGUUCUUCUUUAAAGUGGGAUCAUUACAUAGUAGUGCUGUGGAGUUCAUACAGUGUAAUCCUCCUAGUGGUCUGCAGAGGUCAGUAUAACCCUCAGGACCUGCACCAACAGGGGACAUUUCUCAAAUAUACCAACACUGCUCUGACUAAUGUCUCAAAAACAUUAAAAUUCGGAUUAUUUGCAGAUGACACUGACAUGUUUCGUUCUGGAGGGGGAGGAUCACUGCUGAAAAUGUGGUUUGACAGAAACUAAUGAUCAUUAAACUUCAAACCAAAUUCAUGUUAUUUGGCAAUUCUAAUAAAAAAUACACGAGUACAGAUACAAGUAGACGGGGAGGAGACUGAAAGAGGAUAUGAGAACAAGUUUCCUGAGGUGAUGAUAAAAUAAACUUGAAGUCUCAUAUAAGACAAAGUAAAAUGUCAAGAAGCAGUUCAGUUCUGAGCAAAAACAAAAACACAUUCUGGACCGAAAAUCAGAACUCCAUGUUUUCUACUGUUCACUGACUCGACCAUAUUUAUACUUCUGUGCAGAGGUUUGGGGAAAUACUUACAAAUGUACAAUCACUGUCUAUACUGCAGAAAAGAGACAUAAGAAUUAUUCAUAAGACCAGUUAUAGAUUUCACACAACUUCACUAUUCUUCAAAUCUAAAACACUAAACUUCACUGAGCUGGUUCACCUUCAAACAGCACUAAUCAUGAACUAAACAAUGAACAAUCUACUGCCCGGAAACAUCCAUGAACAGCUGUUUUUAACAGAGCUGAGGGUUAUUAUCUGAGGGGGGCUUCAACCUAAAACAUCAGACAUUAACGACAACAUUAAAACGUUUUUUGUGUUUCUGAACCAGGAAGGAGAAACCGGGUUUACCUGUCGCUGCACUGAAGUGAAGAAAAUGAAUGUUUGAAGAUAGUUGAACAAAAACUAAAGUCAAAAGUAGGGAGCGAAUGUAGGCAGGGAUGGGAAUCAAAAACCGGUUUAAACUUGUUUAAACGCAUCAUCACUGUUUUUCUGUAUUAUCGAUGAUGUUACCUUUGUACCGCACCGGAACAUUAGCGAACGCACAGCGAAUUUGGCGCGAACGACAACAAAGAAUUAAAAAUGGCGGACAGACGAUAGCGGCCCAAACCAUAAAGACGCAUAUUUAAACGCCUUUCUGGUAUAUAUAAAUAUGGUCCAAACUAUAGAUAAACAUAGAUAUAAACCAUAGAUGUACAUGUAUAAACGCAUUUCUCAUAUAUGUUUAUGGUCCAAACGGCCGUUAAAUACAUGUUACAUGUAAAUAUCAGUGACAUGUUGAAGAUUUUGUGUUAAAUGAAGGUUUUUUUUUCAGUCAGUCUUAAAAAUAAAUGUCUCACCAGAUUCGCCAUAAGAAAAGCAAGUUAUAAUGUUGAUGUUCUGAGUCAUAUUGUUAAAAAAAUACAGUAAUAUUGUCGUGAUGUAACAAGAGUAAAGUCUCUAUGCUAUGAAAACAGAUGAAAUCAGCUUCACUUUGUUUUAAGUAUCAGGACUUUAAGAAGACUGAAUAAAAGCUGAGAUCUGUGAUAUCCCCCUUCAAACCGCACUAAACAACAAAUCAUGGACUAAAUUCACAAUAUCAGAAAUGAAUGUAACAGGACUUUAUUCUUAGGAGAAACGAAACUCAGGGCUCUCAAGUCUCACGCACUCAGCGUGAGACACACGCAUUCCCACCUGUUCACACGCUCACACGCCACACAUCGUAUUUCUCACGCAUUUAAAUGAACAUGGUGAUGUCCACCAAGUUGCACCUCUUUAAGUAUGGAACAGGUACGAAUCAACUGAGUUCCUCCGAGAGUUCAGAAGCUGCGUGCCACGCGCAAGCCAAUCAAAUAAAGUAUAUCUACUGAACAGCCAAUCAAAAAGCAGCAUUGCUGUAUCCGGGUAGAUUUUGAUAUCUUGCGGUUUGACUACAGGAGAGGACAGACACUCGCCGUAAUAGAGCAGGUUUUUAUAAGGACGAGAUAGACCCGAUGAUUACAGUAAGUCAGUAACCUACACAUGCAGAGACCUCAACACCUCAUGGCAGAUAAACUCAUAUGAUAAACUAAAGCCCUAUGCUAUUGCUAUUAACAGCUGUAUUGACGGAUUUAGCCUCCGUACAGCCAUUUCCAGCCAUUUUCCCCUCCACAAAAGCUGCAUUUCUCAUAUAUCUCAAAUAUAAGUUCUGAUACUCAUGACAGUGUAAUGCUCAUGGACCAAAGGAUUAAGUAUCUCCAUGUUUGUGAAACCUAUACUAAAGUACAAUUCAUCUAAAUGCUCCACAGUGCAGAUUUUAACAACUUUACGACUUAAUACUUAUACAUUAAUGAUUUUAUUCUCCCAAAUAACAACUUUAUUCUUUAAGAUUUAAAAACGUUUUUUUCUAAUUGUGCCCCUUGUGCUCCGUUGUAUUUAAGAGAUAAUUAUACUAAUAGUUAUCUUCAACCCCCCCCCCCCCCCCCCCAGGAAAUCUCACUCUAAGCUUAGUUCAAAACUUGAGAGCCCUGGAAACUCACCACAACUUUUUUAUUAUGAGAAAAUGACAUGGAAAAAAUGUAACUCUUAAAAUAAAAAUUCAAUGUGUCCUUGAAACCCUGUCAGGAUGCAUUUCAGAGAAAUAAUGUCAUUGUUAACUGACUCCUCUAACAGACUGAAAAGCUGAAUUUAUAACAGUGGUAUCAAUAAACUCAUAUAGAUUCUCAUCUUUAGUCUUAAAGGGAUAAAAUCAAGUUAGGGUCAAACACACCGAAACACCAAGUUAGAGACCCCGUCCAGAGAAGGUCGAACUAGAGAAGAAAGCGGUAUGUCGGUAACAUUCAUGUCUGGACGGGGUGUCUAACUUGGUGUUUCGGUGUGUUUGACCCUAACUUAGUUUGACGUGGGAAUAUCCCUUUAAUAAACAGCUACUCUCUCUAAAAGUACCAAAACAAAUAAAUAAGGUCUCUGUUAGAGAGCAGCGUCCUAAAAGCACUCAGUCUACGCAGCAGAGGCAGCGUCUAACGUUCCUGUCGGGUCACUGAUAGAAGAGAGUUCUCCCUAAAAUCCUCGAGUUUAUUUCAGCCGUGUGCGCACAGGUGUCCAGGGAGCACCUUACAGACGUCUGGAUUCAUGUCGUCUGUGAACAGGAGCACCGUGUUUAUCUCCCUCUGAUGGACUCAAGUUUCUGAUCGGCAGUGGCACUUCUCAUCUAAAGGCACAUACAAGUAUAACGAUGAAAACUCGAACCCAAACUCAUACAUCCACCGAUGGGUGUGUACCCACAACAAAAGCCUUAAAUAAGCUAAAUCAAACCUGCAGACAGCAGCUACAGGAUCUCCUCACUUUGGUGGCUCAGGGUCAACUUUGGAGUAAAAAUGUUCAAACUCAUAAAAUCUGUUUUUUUUUUUUUCUUUAAGACAAAAAUUAAAGAUUGUAAACCAAAAAAAAAGGACAAAUGAAAAUAAUAGAACUUUAAUGUUUUGGUCUGUUACUCCACAUCUGUCCGAGCUUUUUAAAGACAUCCUCCAAAGAUCGACGUGUUACUGAGGAUUUUUUAGCAGCUGUUUGUUGGGGGAUCAUGUCCUACCUCUACACACGCACGCACGCACACACCUUAUUAUCGGGCCCAGCUGGUUUAAAGUCAGCUGAUCAAAUUAAAGCCACCUGAUUGGUCCACGUCUACAUAAACAGUCAGUGUUCGGAUGUUUUUAGGUCGUACCAAAGCUUCAUCACUUCAGGAGCUUUAAAGCAGCUGUGAAGGUCCUCCUCCAGACUCUGGAGCCCAGGUCCAGUUUCAGUUUAAAAACCAGGACAGUAGUAAUCUGGAUUAUCUGAUCUUUGAAGGAAAAAAAGGUCAAAUCUGAUGAAGGUUCAAACUUUGGAACAGCUGGGCUCUGAAGAUCAGAAUCUGUUUCAGGAUCUUCUCUUUGGUAAAACGUUAAAAACACAGACUGGACCUUCUUUUAUUUUUCAUAUUCAGUUUUUAAGAGUCGAAACUUGUAAUCCUUCGCUAAGACUUUGACCUUUGACCUGUCAGAGCUGCAGUAUCAGAGUUUGGUGUGUGUGUGUGUGUGUGUGUGUGUGUGUGUGUGUGUGUAGAGGCAGCGUCAGUCCCGCUCAUAGCGGCCGCUCCGUGUCCGUCUGAUCCUGCAGGUUUGUGAUCUGAUCGGAGAGGAUCAGAGGAGGGUCUCUGCUCCCCUCUGUCUCUGUGUCAGCUCCCUCCUUCCUCUUCUCCUCCUUCCUCUCCUCCUCCUCCUUCUUCUCCUCCUCCUCUUCAGCUUUCUUUUUCUCUGCCUUCGUCUUGAACCUCAGCCCGUGGCCUGAAAACAGGACAGACACGUUGAUGUUUGAUCAGAACAGACUCAGUGGGAGAAGCUGCAGGUGGUUUUUUUUUAAACAGUCUUUAUAUCCUGUUCUGAUCAUUUGGAUUUUGAUGCCUCCAAAAGUAUCUGAGAACUUUAGGAGGAUGAAGCUCUUUAACACUCACUGGGACAGUCGGCCACCUCCUUGAAGGCCUUCUUCUUGCAGCAGCCUCGACACAGAUUAAACACACACUUAUUCCCCUGCAGAAACAAAAACAUCAUGUUCACUUCAGUGAGUCUGCGCUGACGUCUGACACACGUCUGUCCGGCCUCACUCUCACCUUCGGGUUCCCACACUGCUCACAUUUGAUGUAUUUUGCUGCAGAGGAAGAGAAAAAAACAACAGGAGUGAGUUUCUGUGAGACUUUUUCAUCUUCAUCAUGUUUCAAACUCUCGGCUCAGACUCACGUUUGUGUUCAGGACAGAAGUUCUUAUUCGGGUUUCUGGAUCUCUUCUUCUGCUUGUUUUUGGAAAGUGUGUCAGCUGCUCCGUCCGUGUCCUCCAGCGCCCUCUUCUGACACACCGCCCUCUUCACCUCCGAGCCCUGACUGUUCCCGUUUGUGAGCUUCUCCUUUGGCCUGAAGGAAACAGUCGAGAACAUGAGAGCGACGUUUUUAACUCCUGAACUCUGAACUCUCCUCCUCUUUCUCUCCAUGAUCUUUGUGUUUCCUGUUGGUCAGGAUGUCUCUCUCUCUUUACUCUGAACUCUGACAAACUGAGGAGUUUUAAAGGAGCAGUUAAAGUCCUGAAAUCAGCGGUUUGUUGGACUCACGGUGGUCUGACGUACGGCUGACAGAUCCAGUGAGGAAACAGGAGGCUGCUCUCCUUCUCCUUCUCCUUCUCCUCCUCUG